AUGUCUGAGACCACGAAACCCGCUGCUCCUGGCCAGGCUAUGGAGGAGAAGGAGAAGGCGGCCCCAGCGCCAACUCCAUCCCUCGACCCUGCUCCCGUCGCAAACAGCAAGGGCGAGGAGCCCUCCACAGAAGCCUUCAGGAUCAUCGUCUUUGAGCAGGAGAACUUCCAGGGCAGGCAGAUGGAGUUCACCACCGAGUGCCUGAACCUGGGGGACCGUGGCUUUGACCGGGUGCGCAGUGUCAUCGUCACCUCUGGACCCUGGGUGGCCUACGAGCAGGCCAACAUGCGUGGGGAGAUGUUCAUCCUGGAGAAGGGCGAGUACCCUCGCUGGGACACCUGGUCUAGCAGCUACCGGAGCGACUGCUUCAUGUCCAUGCGUCCCAUCAAAAUGGAGGCUGAGGACCACAGCCGCUGUGCUUACGGCUUCUGCGCCCGCGUGGGCAGCGUGCAGGUGCCCAGUGGAACGUAA